AUGGCUAUGGCAUUUAUCACUGCUUUGGUGUUUGCUUGUUUAUGCUCAUCUGUUUCACCAGAUGCUCAAGGGAAUGCUCUAUUUGCGUUGAGGAGCUCUUUAGGUGCAUCUCCUGAACAGCUAAGUGAUUGGAACCUGAAUCAAGUCGAUCCUUGUACUUGGUCUCAAGUUACUUGUAAUGACCAGAAGCAUGUUACUUCUCUAACAUUAUCUUACAUGAACUUCUCGUCGGGAACUUUAUCUUCAGGAAUAGGAACCUUGAAAACUCUCAAGACUCUUACGUUGAAGGGAAAUGGAAUUACAGGUGGAAUACCAGAAUCCAUUGGGAAUCUGUCUAGCUUGACUAGCUUGGAUUUGGAGGAUAAUCAGCUAACAGGUCGGAUACCAUCCGCUCUCGGUAAUCUUAAGAACCUCCAGUUCUUGACCCUGAGUAGGAAUAACCUAAAUGGGACUAUCCCCGAUUCACUCACAGGUCUUUCAAAACUGAUAAAUAUUUUGCUUGACUCAAAUAACCUUAGCGGUGAGAUUCCUCAGAGUUUAUUUGAAAUUCCGAAAUACAAUUUCACUGGAAACAGCUUGAGUUGUGGUGGCACUAACCCUCACCCUUGUGUAACCGAGUCCAAUCCUUCAGGUGAUUCAAGCAAUUCAAAAACUGGAAUUAUCGCAGGAGUUGUUAGCGGAAUCACAGUUGUUCUCCUUGGAAUCUUCUUGUUCUUCUUCUGCAAGGAUAAGCAUAGAGGAUAUAAACGCGACGUGUUUGUAGAUGUUGCUGGUGAAGUGGAGAGAAGGAUUGCGUUUGGACAGUUGAGAAGAUUUGCGUGGAGAGAGCUUCAAUUGGCUACCGAUGAGUUCAGUGAAAAGAAUGUUCUCGGACAAGGAGGCUUUGGGAAAGUUUACAAAGGAGAGCUUUUGGAUGGUACGAAAGUCGCUGUUAAAAGAUUGACUGAUUUCGAACGUCCAGGAGGAGACGAAGCUUUCCAGAGAGAAGUCGAGAUGAUAAGUAUAGCUGUUCAUAGGAAUCUGCUUCGCCUUAUCGGCUUUUGUACAACGCAAACCGAACGCCUUUUGGUGUAUCCGUUUAUGCAGAAUCUUAGCGUUGCAUAUCGCUUAAGAGAGAUAAAACCCGGCGAACCAAUUCUGGAUUGGUCCAGGAGGAAACAGAUUGCGCUAGGCACAGCACGAGGACUCGACUACCUUCAUGAGCAUUGCAACCCGAAGAUCAUACAUCGAGAUGUGAAAGCUGCAAAUGUGUUACUAGAUGAAGAUUUUGAAGCAGUGGUUGGUGAUUUUGGUUUAGCCAAACUGGUAGAUCUAAGAAGAACCAAUGUAACCACUCAGGUUCGCGGAACAAUGGGUCACAUUGCACCUGAAUGUAUAUCCACAGGGAAAUCGUCAGAGAAAACCGAUGUUUUCGGGUACGGAAUUAUGCUUCUUGAGCUAGUAACAGGACAAAGAGCGAUUGAUUUCUCGCGGUUAGAAGAAGAAGAUGAUGUCUUAUUGCUAGACCAUGUGAAGAAAUUGGAAAGAGAGAAGAGAUUAGGAGACAUUGUAGAUAAAAAGCUUGGUGAUGAUUAUACGAAAGAGGAAGUUGAGAUGAUGAUACAAGUUGCCUUGUUAUGCACUCAAGCAGCACCGGAAGAAAGACCAGCAAUGUCUGAAGUUGUGAGGAUGCUUGAAGGAGAAGGGCUUGCAGAGAGAUGGGAAGAAUGGCAGAAUCUUGAAGUUACAAGACAAGAAGAGUUUCAGAGGUUGCAGAGGAGAUUUGAUUGGGGUGAAGAUUCUAUUAAUAAUCAAGAUGCUAUUGAAUUAUCUGGUGGAAGAUAG